AUGGAAUCAACGGUUCAGAUAUCCCAUCCUUGGCCUGAAUGGGUGGAUUUAAUGGAAUUGUUGUUAAAGAAAGGGUACUUUGAACCUGGUGGAAACCCAUUUAAGAACGAGGAAUUGGGUUCCAAGGAUGUGAAUUGUAUUAGAACUGCGUGCCUUAAUUUUGCACGCGAUCGGUUUGGGCUGAUAAGGUUUGGCUUUGGUUUUGGUUUUGAGCAAUUUGAUUAUACUGUUCCGUACUUCUCAAGGAAAGAUAUUGGGGUUAUUGCAGGAUGCGGCUGCCCUAGCAUAGAUAGAAAAGUUGUCAACUCUGGGAAACGUUUAAGAGCACAUGUAGGCAUCAAUGAAGGACAUGUUUGCAGCUCCUGCAACUUAAGGGGAGACUGUGAGAGGGCAUAUGUCAAAACACGAGAAGAUGAAGGUGGGCGGACUGUGGAUGUCAUGCGUAUUUUACUGACUUAUGGGCUUGAUUUUGUUGCUGGUACGGUGGAGAAUAAGCCAUGUCAAAACAACAAAAUGGUUAAAGAAUCAGUGAGAAGGCUGCUGAAAGAGUUGGUGGGGCAUAGCAAUGACGAACUUGACUCUGAUCUCCCUAAUCGCAAACCCUUGGAAAGGGGUAUCCCUUUACAAAAUGAUUUGAGUACGCAAGAAAAAGGCCCAAUAAAUGUUCCAAUGAAGCAGGGCGAUUGGCUUUGCCCCAAAAAUGUUCGAUGUUUGCGUUGUGAUGGCUUAUUCCAAGAAAGGCUCAAGCAUCUACAGGAGGAUCAGGAUCAUCUUCCCUUAAAGAAAGGAGACUGGAUUUGUGCAAUAUGUAAUUUCUUGAACUUUGCCAAGAAUACAAGAUGUCUCCAAUGCAAAGAGAAGCCUCCAAAGCGGCAGCUGAAUCCUGGGGAGUGGGAAUGUGAAUCGUGCAACUACAUCAAUUUCAGAAGAAACAUGGUAUGCUUGAAAUGUGAUUAUAGAAGGCCAAAGGCAAUGAAUUCUUCAAAGAUAUCUUCUGAGAUUGAGCAUUACAAGGGAGAUCAUUCCAAGCAGAGCAGAUCGAAGUUUCUUCACAGUGGAAAUGAAGCCACUGAUCACAAACCUGUAGGAGCAUAUGGAACAAAUCACAACAGAGGUGCUGAAACGUGGAGAUUUGUGGAGGAAGAAAGAGCAGAUAAUCAUUUGAUCUCAUCGAAUGAGGUUGUGAGAUUUGUAGAUUUCCCGAUUGCAGGAGGAAAGAGUAGUUUGUCUCAAAAUGCCCAAAAAAGAGAAAGAUGGAAGCUAGAAAUGUUGAAAAGAAGAAAAGGUGUGUUGCAUGCGGAAGGAGAUGAAAAUGAAGUUGAAGAUGCCAACACUCAAAGAAGAUUCAAGUACCUUGAAUCUACUGAUGAUGAAGAUUUGGCUGAAUGUGUUGAUCAGAAGUCACUGGAUGUGGAUGCGAAAGAUAACACAGAGGUUGAUGGUAAAAUUUCCAUCGGGGUUUCACAAACUUGA